GGGCUAGGGAGGGCGGGCGCGGCUGGGCCCGCGGCGAUGGCGGGCUACGCGCGCCGCCCGGGCGUCCCCCCGCUGUCCCGGGCCCGGAGCCUCGUCAUUCCGGACGCUCCAGCGUUCUCUGAGCGCCGGUCCUGUCUCCCCCAGCUAGACUGUGAGCGCCCCCGUGGCGGGGACCUGGACUCCCACUUCUUCGGCAUUCGGCCGACGUUUAUGUGCUAUGUGCCCAGUCCGGUGCUAGCUUCCGUGGGAGACACAGAUUUUGGCUUUGGAAAGGGGAAGUGUACUAAGCAAGGUCCAUCGGGAGCCCAGGAGACACAUUUUGGAGAUGAUAAACUUGAUGAUCUUGAAGAGACAAAUCCAUUCUCCUUUAAAGAGUUUCUGAAAACUAAGAGCCUUGGCCUGUCAAAAGAGGACACGACCAACAGCAGGAUUCAUUCAAAGGAAACCCCGAGGCACUCACUGGGACGCGACCGCGACUCCCCAGCCUCUCAAACCGGGGCGUACGGCCUGGAAUAUCAGCAGCCGUUCUUUGAAGACCCGACGGGGGCUGGUGAUCUCCUGGACGAGGACGAGGAUGAGGACGAUGGGUGGAACGGGGCCUACCUGCCGUCUGCUGUGGAGCAGACCCACUCCUCGAGGGUGCUUGCCAGCAUGUCGCCCUGCAGCACAUACGUCUCCUUUUUCUCCAACCCGUCGGAGCUGGUGGGGCCCGAGUCUCUGCCCCCCUGGACACUCAGUGACUCCGACUCCCGCGCUUCUCCAUCGGGGAGCCCCAGUGCAGACUUUGCCGCCCAUGAAGAGUCUCUGGGAGACAGGCACCUUCGGACGCUGCAGAUAAGUUACGAAGCACUGAAAGAUGAACAUGCUGAGCUAAGAAGAAGGCUGACGGAGGUCCAGAGCUUCUCUGAAACUCAGACAGAGAUGGUGAGGACCCUUGAGCGGAAAUUAGAGGCAAAAAUGAUAAAGGAGGAAAGUGACUAUCAGGAUCUGGAGUCCGUGGUUCAGCAGGUGGAGCAGAACCUGGAGCUGAUGACGAAACGGGCUGUAAAGGCAGAAAAUCACGUUAUGAAACUCAAACAGGAAGUAAGCUUGCUCCAGGCGCAGGUCUCGAACUUCAGGCGGGAGAAUGAAGCCCUGCGGUUGGGCCAGGGCGCCAGCCUGGCGGUGGUGAAGCAGAACACCGAGGUGGCCCUGCAGAACCUCCACGCCGUCAUGAACAACGCACACUCAUCCAUCAAGCAGCUGGUUUCUGGAGCUGAAACAUUGAAUCUCGUUGCUGAAAUCCUUAAAUCUAUAGACAGAAUUUCUGAAAUUAAAGGUGAGGAGGAGGAGCCUUGAGAACCACCGAAACGCUCCAGCUCGCAGCCUGUUUACAUCCUGACAUCACUACUCGCUGGAUUUAAAAAUGCCGUUGUGUCUUUAAAUAUGCAGCCUCACCCGUAGUAAACACACUCCUCAUGAGAUGCUAAUUUCAUGACCUACAGCAGUAUUACUUCUCCGCCUGAGGAGCAGCUCCUGUGCGUGAGCG